AUGUCACAACCAGCCAAAGAAGAAGGCAUGUCAGUCCCUGCCAAGCCUCUGACAUCCUUCUUCAUUCAAGACAUCUUGUCAGACCUGGGUUGCAGGAACAGAGAAGCGAGAAGUAAAAAUGAAACCCAGGAUGGAGACCAAGAAGAGGACAGAGAUACCGGAAUGAAGAACAUUUCUCAUACAGAUAAAGACAGACAGACAUCUUACCAAACAGAGAUCCACCACAGACAACUGCAAACAGACCAGUCCAAAUUGGAAACUUCUCAUCCAACUUUAGUAGGAGACGAGAAACCAAACAAGCAGCUGCAAAAGAGAUCAAGAGCAGCUUUCUCCCAUUCCCAAGUCAUUGAGUUGGAGAGGAAGUUCUCCAGUCAGAAGUAUCUCUCGGCCCCUGAGAGAGCCCAACUGGCCAAGAGCCUAAAGCUGACAGAGACACAGGUGAAGAUCUGGUUCCAGAACAGAAGGUACAAGACCAAAAGGAAACAGAUGGCUUCAGACAUGGAAGACAAUGAUAAGACCUCAGCACUCUGUAGAGAAGGAGACAUCAGCAGAAGCUCUCUGAUCAACUUCUACCAGAACUACCACUGCUAUCCUUACCUGUAUUACCUGGCCGGAUGGCACCCACCUCUCUGGUAA